UUAUUGGGGGUAGGGCAAAGGGCAAAGGGUUUUUGGGUUUUUGAGUAUUUGAAUCGAAGAGCAACGGCAAGGAAUGCUUGCACUGCUAAGCACCAGUUGCAGAGCCAUUAACCACAGACCUCUUCUUCUACCCAUUUCCUUUCAUACCCACCUCAACCUCAAAGCACCUUCCUUUCUUCCUCUCAUGGCUUUCUCAACUGGGUCUCCUUCUCACUCUCCCUCUCCGCAGCUCACGAAGCGGGUUGGUACUCACAACGGGAGCUUUCACUGCGACGAAGCCCUCGGCUGCUUUAUGAUUCGCCUCACCGAUAAGUUCUCCAAUGCUGAAAUCGUCCGCUCUCGUGAUCCUCAGGUUUUGGAGAGUCUGGACGCUGUUCUUGAUGUUGGGGGUGUUUAUGAUCCUAGUCAGGAUCGUUAUGAUCAUCAUCAGAAAGGGUUUCAAGAGGUUUUUGGUCACGGAUUUUCUACCAAGCUAAGUAGUGCCGGUCUUGUUUAUAAGCAUUUUGGAAAGGAGAUUAUAGCCAAGGAGCUUCAAGUUGAUGAAGAACACCCAGAUGUGUUCAGACUAUUUUUGGCAAUUUACAAAAGUUUCAUGGAGGCAAUUGAUGCUGUUGAUAAUGGCAUUAAUAAGUACGAUACAGAUCAGCCUCCACGGUAUGUCAAUAAUACACAUCUGUCUUCAAGAGUGGGAAGAUUAAAUUUGGACUGGAUUGAUCCUGACCAAUCAUCCACAAAGGAGAAUGAAGCCUUUCAUAAAGCAAUGGCUCUGGCGGGUGGCGAAUUUUUAGAUAGUCUUCGGUUUCAUGCAAGAUCAUGGUUGCCGGCAAGAUCUAUUGUAAUGGAGUGCCUUUCCGCAAGAUGGGAUAUUGAUCCUAGUGGAGAAAUUAUGGUUUUGGACCGAUUUUGCCCUUGGAAGCUUCACUUAUUCGAGCUUGAGGAGGAGUUGAAGACUAGCCCUUCAAUCAAAUAUGUUCUUUAUCAGGACGAGAGGGCCAAACAAUGGCGAGUGCAAGCAGUGGCAGUAUCUCCCGAUAGAUUCGAGAGCCGCAAGGCUCUGGCAUCGCAAUGGCGAGGUCUUAGAGACGAAGAGCUCUCAAAGGCAACAGAAAUCCCUGGCUGCGUUUUUGUCCACAUGAGUGGCUUCAUUGGUGGAAACCAAACAUACGAUGGUGCUCUGGCCAUGGCAAGAGCUAGUUUGAAGCUUUGAAAAGAUGAUUAUGUACCCAAAUUCUGUUCCUCAUUAUCAAUUCAAUUACUUUUAUAGCAGAAACUGUUUACUAUAUUGUUGUAUUGAUUAGGUUUUGGGUAUUCAAACACAAAGGAAAUACCCCAAAUCAGUUUUGCUUUUCCUCUUAAUUGUAUGAACAACAUGCUGAUCUUUUAGACCUAAUCCAAGAAUGGUUACAGUUUUCAUUCA